GACGGAAGGAAGUAACGGAGUUUCUGUAGACAUCGAGUUCUACACGUCUACCUAUAAAACGUCAUCUUCUACUUCCCAAACAGGUUUUCUCUCCCCUUAGCAGACCUUCAGACCUUUGCAUUAUCUUCUACUCGCGCCGCGAACGAGGGAGAUCGGAUUCAAAAUGGUGAAGGGGCGUCAAGGAGAGCGAGUCAGACUGUAUGUGAGGGGAACGAUCCUCGGUUACAAAAGAUCGAAAUCCAACCAGUACCCGAAUACAUCGUUGAUCCAGAUUGAGGGCGUGAACACGAAGGAGGAGGUCGCAUGGUACUGCGGCAAGCGAAUGGCUUACAUUUACAAGGCUAAGGUCAAGAAGAACGGAUCGCAUUACAGAUGCAUCUGGGGAAAGGUCAAUAGGCCGCACGGUAACAGUGGAAUAGUCCGAGCUAAGUUCAAGUCCAACUUGCCUCCCAAAUCCAUGGGUUCUAGGGUUAGGGUUUUCAUGUACCCGAGCAAUAUUUAAGUACUUUUUGUAUGUGUAGACGCGAUGUUUAAGAUUGCAGAGGAUCUUUCAGGAUUUGGGAUUUUUCGUCUACCUGGAGCUAGGUUUUGAGGUUUCUGUAAUUCCGGAGCUACAUCAGCUAGUUUUGUUUCUGGUUGUCUUUCAGAAAGAAGAAUAGAGCAAUUAUGGUUUUGUUUUUGUCUAUUUUUAGAAAUGGAAUUCUUCACCCAUUUGCUUGCUAAUUGGCACAACGGGUGUUCAGGUUGCAAGUUGUUUUCCUGCGUUAGACCAUUUUUUUUAAUAUACCUUAUUUCUUAUCCUGAUUUUACUUUCAAA